AAAAAAUGGCCAUUGUGUUUUGUCUUGAUUUGUUCACAUGGCACAGUAGUUAGCUCGAGAUGCCAUGGUACUGUCUGACGUCGCCUUUGAUUGUGUAGAUUAGCUUCUUUGGAUGUCUAUUUAAUCCUGUAUCACGCCCAGAUUCCUGAGUCCAAAACCAACUACUGAUAGUCUAAUAGUAUCGAUCACUGAGGAAGAAGAGCAUAGCAAAAGAGUGGUCGAUCGUCAUCAAUGGAGCACGACGGCACGGCGGCGCUCGGCUGGGCGGCGCGGGACGCCUCCGGCCACCUCUCACCGUUCAGCUUCACAAGAAGGGUUCAGGAGGAAGACGACGUGACGAUCAAGGUGCUCUACUGCGGCAUCUGUCACACCGACCUGCACACCAUCAAGAACGAGUGGGGCAACGCCAUGUACCCCGUCGUCCCCGGCCACGAGAUCGUCGGCGUCGUCGCCGGCGUCGGCGCCGGCGUGACCAGGUUCAAGGCCGGCGACACGGUGGGCGUGGGCUACUUCGUCGACUCGUGCCGCGCCUGCGACAGCUGCGGCAAGGGGGACGAGAACUACUGCCCGACGAUGGUGAUCACGUCGAACGGCACGGACUACGGCGGCGCCACCACCCAGGGCGGUUUCUCCGACGUCAUGGUCGUGAGGCAGGACUACGUGUUGCGCGUCCCGGCGAGCCUGCCGCCGGACGGCGCGGCGCCGCUGCUGUGCGCCGGCGUGACGGUGUACAGUCCGAUGGUGGAGUACGGCCUGAACGCCCCCGGGAAGCACCUCGGCGUGGUCGGCCUCGGCGGGCUGGGCCACCUGGGCGUCAAGUUCGGCAAGGCGUUCGGGAUGAAGGUGACGGUGAUCAGCUCGUCGCCGGCGAAGCGGGAGGAGGCGCUGGAGCGGCUCGGCGCCGACGCGUUCCUGUCGAGCCGCGACGGCGAGGGGAUGGCGGCGGCGGCGGCGACGAUGGACGGGAUCAUCGACACGGUGUCCGCGGGGCACCCGCUGGUGCCGCUGCUGUCGCUGCUGAAGCCCAAGGGGCAGAUGGUGGUGGUGGGCGCGCCGGCGGCGCCGCUGCAGCUGCCCGCGAUCGCCAUCAUCGAUGGCGGGAAGCGCGUCGCCGGGAGCGGCGGGGGCAGCGUGGCCGAGUGCCAGGCGAUGCUGGACUUCGCCGGCGAGCACGGCAUCGCCGCGGACGUCGAGGUGGUCGCCAUGGGCGACGUCAACGCCGCCCUCGGCCGCCUCGAGAGGAACGACGUGAGGUACCGCUUCGUCAUCGACGUCGCCGGCACCCUGCACGCCGCCGCCGCGCCGUCCUAGGCUCCUAGCAAUGUUGCCUUCGUGUCAACGUGCUUGCGUGUCAUUGUGCGGUCGUGUGUGUAACCGUGAAAGGAGAGGCGUUUGGUAAUGGAGCAAUAACGUUGUUUUUGGACCGUGAUGGUCCGUGGGCUUGUGAUGGGUUAUGUGGGCCACCUCGAGUUGGGCCCUUCUCUUGUCCGAUUCUUUGUCCAAAGAUUGAAAUAAGUUCAUCUAAGAUCCCUUAUGUUAUCAACGAA